CUUGGAAUGAAGUAACUUCUGAAACUAUUAGAAACUGUUGGUUAAAGACAGGAAUUUUACCUACUUUAGAUGAUGCCAUGGGAAUAGAAACAAGUGGUACAAGUGAUCAACUCAUUCAGAAGAAUAUCAUGAACUUCAGAGCCUAA